AUGCCUCGGGCGCUGUCGAAGAGGAACCUCCCUUCAAUAUCCAUCCUGUCUGGCGUGCUCCCCACCUCUCGGAGGAUGGAAGAUGCGAGCGUGCGAGUUCGCAGCUAUAUACCAGCAGACCCAGAUGGUCCAUUUCCUUACUUGCCCACAGAUCUGACACCGCAGGACGCAGGAGAUGACUCUGGCUUUUACGCAGCCCCUCGAUUUGUGACGCACAUCGACGACAACGCCAUCAAUACCCUUCGCAAGUAUUACCAGCAAGUGAUACCUCGAAAGGGACGAAUUCUCGACUUCUGCAGCAGCUGGAUCUCGCAUUAUCCGCGCGAGGUGGUUCAGGCCGCAUCGCUGGAAGAGCUCGAGGUGCUGGGAACUGGCAUGAACGAGAGAGAGCUGGAGAAGAAUCCAGUACUGACCCAUUGGGCCGUCCAGGACUUGAACCAAGAUCCCGAGGUGCGACUGGCUGGGACCGAUGACAGGAAGCUCGACGCGGCCACUUGCGUAGUAUCCAUCGACUAUCUCACGAAGCCAGUAGAGGUGUUGCAGAGUAUUCGACGGCGAACAAAGUCUGGCGGCAAGAUUCACCUCAUCAUAUCAAACCGGUGUUUUCCCACCAAGGUGGUGGCUCGGUGGCUCAAGGUGGACGAAGACGAAAGACUGCACAUGGUCGGCGACUACCUGUGGUGGAGCGGCUGGAGGGAGAUCGAGAUACAGACGCUGGUUGCGGGUUCGUUCAUGCACGAUCCUCUCUGGGUGGUGAGAGCAGUGAACGAGACGGGCAAGGCUGAGGAGGCACGAGGCUGA